AUGUCGACGGUCACUUUGACCAUUAGCUUGGCUGCCAUGUGCCUCGUAUCUGGUAUACAAGCACAUGUGGUGAUGAACACUCCCGGAUCAUACGGCCUCCACGAGGGCACCCCACUCCUUCAAGUCAACCCGCUCGAUGGCGUCACCUACAAGCACCCUCGUUCAACUAAUAAUUUCCAUCACAAUGGACUCACUGUCAUGGAGGCUGGAAAUGUCAUCCACGUCAAUUUUACUGGCGGCGCUCAACACGGAGGCGGCUCAUGCCAGUUCAGCAUCACGUACGAUACUCCCGACAAUGGACAGUUGAGCGAGAAGACAAGGUUCAAGACUAUAUACACCAUCAUCGGGGGCUGUCCGGCGCAGUUUACGAAUGAGAUGGCAAACCUACCUGCGCCAUAUCAUGAUGCUGAGCAACGACUAGAAACUGAGCAUUGUGGUAAUGACACUGAAUUUAAUGGCAUGAGGAACUUCCUGGUUGAAGAAUGGUCCCGCGGUGUUUGCCUCAUCAGCUACCCCUUUUAUCGUCUCUUCAACGGGACUGGAACCACCACUAUCGGAGUACCAUCCAUAACGCCAACAAAUACGGUCACAGUCUCAUCUACUGGCGAAGUCUGCGAACCCGACACCUCUACACUAGCAGUCACCAACACAGCCCCUUCAACCCCCACCACCCCCGGAGGAAACUACACCGCCAGUAGCCACCACCUCAACCAAAAAGGCCGGAAUCACUUCCAUAUUCCCCAUCGAAGACACGACGUUCACAACCUCGACUCUCUCAACCACAUCCCUCCCGCUCGCUACGGCUCCACUGCCAGGAUCAAUCCAGAUGCCCAAGCCAGCGGCCAACGCGGUCCCGUGCACAAAGCAAGAGCGAGGAGGAGGAGGCUUUGUUCCUUUUGGUGAAGUUUUGGGAACGAUAAGGGAGUAUAGAAUCAUGAUGGGGCAGUCGGUAAUACGCUUGAACAGUACAAUUUUUUGGAGAUUGUAAUUGUAGCUGAUUAGGUCGCAAUAUCACAGUUUUGUGUUGAAAGUUUGCUAGAGGUGUUAUCAUUAUCUUUGGUGAACCGAGCUUCAAAGUAAAAGGCAAGUCAGCCUCCUACCUACUUAUCCUUUAUGGCUGGUUUAUGAACUAUCAUUUGAAGCCUAUCGGCAAGAUAUCAUCGAGGAAGACUACGCUCACAUGUUGGCGUGGGGUCAUUUCGUUGAGGUCCAUGCUCAUGCCCUACUUGUGCAGCAACAAGAGCAGCAUACUCCCUCAUACUCACGCUCCCAUCCCUCAACCCAGC